AUGGAGCUGAGGCCAAUGUUUCUAAUUGCUUUUACUUUGCUCUACUUGGGGCACAUGUUGCUGGCUCAUGCUUGGUAUCAGAGACAGAAUUUACAUAGGGUCGCUCCAGACUCAAAUCAAGACCUUGAAGAAUUUGUGACAGAAUUAUUUUCAGGCCUUUCAUGCACUACAAUAUUCUGUAUAAGUGUGCUUGGAGACCCUUAUGCUAGUUUGUUACAAAAAUUGUUGUGUUUUCCUUCACAUGUGCAUGCACGGAUUUUGGUUUCAUGCUUGAACUCUAAGAAUCAACCUAUCAGUAUGCUUCUACCAGUGGAUUCAGUAUUAGAAGGAGAUUCAGAUGAUGUUGGUUAUUCUGGAAUAAAGGAUUGGAACUGUCCAUGGGGUUCCACUGUGGUUGAUGAUGUAGCUCCAGAGUUUAGAUUGAUAUUGGAGGGGGCACAUUCGUCAUCUGUGAAACAUCCUGUACAAGAUACAGAUGAGAAAAAGCUUCACUGGUGGGUGGAGAGGAAGAAUUUUGAUCGCCAUGCACUUGGCUUCCAUGAGUUAAAUUGGGAACUUGGAAUAUUUAUGGUUUGGUACUUGGAAACUUGUGGAGGUGCACGUGUUACACAGCUUUGUCUUAAGAAAGGUUCCUUUGUUAGUAAAGUUGGAUGUUUAGAGGAAGAGAAGUGUAUGGCAUCACGUAAUGAAUCUAAUGGUGGCGAGAACUUGUCUGAGUUGGCCAACAAACUAGUAUUAGAAGCAGUGAAUGGGCUUGAAGGUUUACAUUCUUCUGUAAAUAUAGAGCCAACAAUAUUAGUUCUGGACUACGAGGUGCAGAUUCUAAGUCAACUCUCAUCUAUUCUCUUUAUUGUAAAAUCAUCGUUUCAACAAGCUGAUCGGCUGAAUGAUCAGUUAGAUGCCUUUUAUCUUCUGAAUCCCAGUGGUGAUCUAAAUUAUACACAAAAUGAAUUUGAGACAUGGUUUAGAGAUCAAAACUUGGAGACAGAUUAUAUGUCCCAUACAAUAAUGUUUCACUUGAAUAACAUUACAUGGGAGGCUGGAUGCGCACCUCCUGCUGAAGAAUUGGCAGUAGCAUUGAAAAGCAAUGAUCUAUUUAUGUACAUUGGCCAUGGAUGUGGUUACACAAUCAUCUGUUUUGAACUUUUAUUUUGUGUACGUGCCGUGGUACAGGGCAACAAUAUAUUCCUAGACUUGAGAUUCAGAGACUGGAACACUGUGCCUCAACUCUCCUGA